GGAAAGAAGUCUUUGGACAUGCUUCUUACGGACCUCAGGAAAGACUAUUUCCUGUCUAGUAGGCCAACUUGUCUCCUUUCCUUGGAUGUACUUAUUUUCAGUCUUCUUUCUUAGACGGAGCGUUUCAGGCACUCCGCUCCCGCCGCGUGGUCAGCAACCUGCUGCGUCUCGACGGGACCUCUUUGCCAGGGAGGAAGAAUAUAAGCGUUUAAAUGCAGAAUUACAGGCAAAAACGGCUGAUUUGGUUCGACAGGCUGAGGAAGUAAUAAGAGAUCAGCAAGAAGUACAAUCAAGGCCGGUUUCAACACAAAUUAAAUCAUAUGAAAAGGAAGAGGAUUACAGCUUAAGCGGUCUGUUGUCUGAAGGGAUAGUUCAUCUACAUUCAGAAACUAAGCCAAAGACCAAAAAUGUUGAUGCAGUAAAUAAGAUUCAAAACAAACGACACUCUGCAAAUAAAGGAAGGAGAGCAAAUUCAAGUAUAAAAUUGAAAUACCCUGAUGUACAUGUUGCCAAUGAUGUUGCUAUUCCGGAAGAUUUCUCAGACUUUUCUCUUGCAAAAACAAUUAGCAAAAUUGAAGGGCAACUGGAGGAAGAAGGCAUACCUGAUUAUAUAGAUGAUGAUAUUUUUUGUGGCAUUAGUAACGACAUUGGAACAGAAGCCCAGAACAGAUUUCUAAAGGCCAAACUCCGUGUUAUGCAGGAAGAAUUGGAUAAUGUUGUAUAUGAAUGUAAUAAAAAGGAAAAUGAAAUUCAGAAUUUAAAGUCACAAAUAAAAAACUUUGAAGAAGAUUGUAUGAGACAGCAGCGAACAAUUAAUUUGCAGCAGUCUCAAACAGAAAAAUAUAAAACUCUUUUUGAAGAGCUAAACAAAAAAUGUGAUGGAUUACAGCAACAGCUAUCUUCAGCAGAAAAGGAAUUAGAAAGUAAAAGAAGACUACAAAAACAGGCUGCCACUAGCCAAAGUGCUACAGAAGUUCGGUUGAAUAGAGCUCUAGAAGAGGCAGAAAAGUACAAAUUGGAGUUAAGUAAAUCAAGGCAAAAUAACAAGGAUAUAGCCAAUGAGGAACACCAAAAAAUUGAAGCAUUAAAAUCAGAAAAUAAGAAGCUAGAAAAACAAAAAGGAGAAUUAAUGAUAGGUUUCAAGAAACAAUUAAAAUUAAUUGAUAUUUUAAAAAGGCAAAAGAUGCAUAUUGAAGCUGCCAAGAUGCUGUCUUUUACCGAAGAGGAAUUUAUGAAGGCACUUGAAUGGGGAAAUUCAUAAAUGAUCUACUUUAUAACUGACUAUGUGACCCAUAUACAUUGUAUUUAAAACUUUAAUGAUUUAUUCUUACUCUUUAUAAACUUUAAUUUCAUUGGCUUUCAUCCGGUAACUCCAGAGAAUUCCCUGUUUAGAUUUAGGGGAUACAGAAUUGACAUGUAAUUAUUAAAGGAAGUAUUUUGUAAAAUAGGAUAACCCACUUGCCCUCUUAUAUUAUAUUCAGCACUAGUUCAUAAGUGAUAGUUUGUGAGAUAGAAAUUGUUCUUCUUGACAAUAAAGCACUUUGAAAUUC